GACUGCAAGGACACUACAAAGCCAUUCCCAGGCCAUGCCCAGGACCACUUAAUUAGCAUCUCUGGUGAUGAGACCCCGGCCUUCAAUUUCUAAAGCUUCCCAGAUAUUUCAGGGUACACAGAAGCCAGUGCCCCCAUCAGAGAUGGCUGCUGCUGGUGUGAGCCUGAGGGCCACCAUCCUCUGUCUCUUGGCCUGGGCUGGCCUGGCCCUUGGUGACCGGGUGUACAUACACCCCUUCCACCUCCUCGUCUACAGCAAGAGCAGCUGUGACCAGCUGGAGAAGUCCAAUGCAGAGACACCCAAAGACUCGACCUUCACACCUGUCCCAAUUCAGGCCAAGAUGUCCCCUGUGGAUGAGGAGGCCCUGCGAGAACAGCAGGUGCUCACUGCCAAGAAGCUGGGGGCUGAAGACAGAAUGAGGGCUGCGGAGGUGGGGAUGCUGCUCAACUUCAUGGGCUUCCGCAUGUAUAAGAUGCUGAGCGAGAUGUGCAACACAGCCAGCUCCGCCAUCCUCUCCCCAACAACUCUCUUUGGCACCCUGGCCUCUUUCUACCUGGGAGCCCUGGACCCCACGGCCAACAGACUACAGGCGUUCCUGGGCGUCCCUGGGGAAGAUCAGGGCUGCACCUCCCGGCUGGAUGGUCACAAGGUCCUCUCUGCUCUGCAGACCAUCCAGGGCCUUCUAGUCACCCAGGGUGGGGCUAAUGGCCAAGCCAGGCUGCUCCUAUCCACAGUGGUGGGCCUGUUCACAGCCCCAACCCUGCACCUAAAGCAGCCAUUUGUGCAGGGCCUGGCUCCCUUUGCCCCCAUCACCCUCCCACGCUCUCUAGACUUAUCCACAGACCCAGAUCUCGCUGCUGAGAAGAUCAGCAGGUUCAUAGAGGCUGUAACAGGGUGGAAAAUGAACAGACCCCUGACAGGAGGCAGCCCAGACAGCACGCUACUCUUCAAUGCCUAUGUCCACUUCCAAGGAAAGGUGAAGGGAUUCUCCCUGCUGCCUGGACUCCAGGAGUUCUGGGUGGACAACACCACCUCAGUAUUGGUCCCCAUGCUCUCAGGCAUGGGUACCUUCCAGCACUGGAGGGAUGCCCAGAACAACCUUUCCAUGACCCGUGUGCCCCUCAGCGAGAACGCCUGUCUGCUGCUGAUCCAGCCCCACUGCUCCUCGGAUCUGUGCAAGGUCGAGGCCCUCACCUUCCAGCACGACUUCCUGAUGUGGAUGAAGAAUCUCUCUCCCCGGCCCAUCCACCUGACCGUGCCUCAGCUGGUGCUGCGAGGGUCCUAUGACCUGCAGGACCUGCUCACCCAGGCCAAGCUGCCCACCCUGCUGGGUGCCGAGGCAAAUUUGGGCAAAAUCAGUGAUGCCAAUCUCAGAGUUGGAAAGGUGCUGAAUAGCGUUCUUUUUGAACUAAAAGCAGAAGAAGAAGAGCAGCCCAUACAGUCUGCCCAGCAGUCAGAGGUCUUGGAGGUGACCCUGAACCACCCAUUCCUGUUUGCUGUCUAUGAACGAGACUCAACUGCCCUCCACUUCCUGGGCCGUGUCACCAACCCGCUGAGCACAGUGUGAGGCCCGGCUGCCACGGAGAUGCAGCUGUCACUGUGCGCAAGGGCAGCAGCGCACGGCAACACUAAUUUGUCACCACCAGUCUUCUACUUUUUCUUCCAAUGAGUUAGCUUGGAGAUGGAAAGAAGCCAUUUGUCCUUGGUAAAUGUGGCACUGUGUAUAAUGAGCAGCAGAAACUGCAGGAAAAAGCAGGCCUCCCAGGUUCUUAGGUUUAUCUUGGGGAAUGUGGUGGGGAGCCAAGGGCCAAAUGUUUAGCACAGGAUGACUGUUCUGGAAAGAGUUUGCACAGACCAAUAUGUUUGUGAAACCAAACAUGUUUUCUUUUUAAUUGGGAACAGAAAUUGGACUUUAAAAUUAAAACAGAUUUUUCUUUGUCUUGGGUUUAUAUUUAGCUUAUUGAAUGUGAGCCUAUGACCUGCAUGCAGUCUCCACAAUGCCUUAGUUUUUCUUGGUUUCUCAGUUUUUCUUUCCCAUGAUACUUGUAAUUUUUGAAAAACACAAGCUUCUUGAAUGUAUGUUAGAAUGUAAUAUCACGGCUAAUUUUCCCUUGUGUUAUUAAUAAAUGUUUUGCAAGAAUAAGCAAAAA